AUGGCAGCCCCUCCACCGCCAGCCCCGCCAAUCCUCAACACCACCCUCGCCCUCCACAGAACCUUGAUGGACUUUCUGACCGUCGCAAUACACACCAUUCUCUACAUACGCGAACUGUAUCCCCACAGCACAUUUCUCACAACUCGUGCCUACAACCUGCCCGUCCACCAAAACCGACACCCCAAAGUGUGCGAAUGGAUCAAUGAAUCCAUCAAAGCGCUGGAGCCGCAAAUCUCCGCCAACGCAGUCAAGCGGGUGGUCGUAGUAAUAUACUCUCCCGACCUCAAAGUACUCGAGCGAUUCCUAUUCGAUAUCAGCCGUUUCCCAGUCGUCGACCAUAAAGAGAGGUUCACCGAAUUCGAGGGCGACGCUCCGGGAGUGGCGGACAUCGUUGACAUUGAAGAGCAGCUCCGCGCAAAGAUUCGGAAGCUGGAUUACCUGGGAGGGAAAAUGAAGCCGUUACCUAAAGAUUGUACGUUUACACUGUCGAUAGAAUUGAGGGAUGAGGCGGAUCCGCCAAUUGGACAUCCACAGCCAUGGGUACCCUCCGAACCGAGCUUGCAGAUAUCAAAGAAGGGCAAGGAAAAGGAAGGAGCUGAUAUUGGGGGUGUGAAAAGCUCUCCUAUUGGAUUGGUGGAAGCUGGUGAUUUUGUGCUCGAAGCUUGGGCUGAAGAGGGAGCGGCAAAGUUUGAGAUGGAUUGA